AUGUCGUCGUCGCGCGAAGGCUCGCCGCAUAGUCACGCCUCGGCUACGUCUAGGACCGGCGCCGAUAUCGAUCUCGACGACAGCAUCCAGACGUGGGUCACAUCUCCAAAUCUCUCGGACAGCACCGAAGAGAACGAAGCGGAGGGUAAAGGGGAAGGUGAAGGAGCAUUGAAAGAGGAAGAUCAGGGUGCAUUGAAAGAAGCCGGCCAAAGGGGAGAGGAGCACAAAUCGGAACAAGAACAACAAGGCGGGAUAUCGAAAUCGAUACAGGCGGUGCUGCGCUCAUAUUUCCAACUCGCCCAAGGACACUAUCCGCAGCGGGAAGUAGAGCAGGAUCUCACGUGGUAUCUUACACCUCCUGAGUACGCCCAUCUCAGCCGCCUGAUCGACCAGCGCGAUCCGCGCUUCUCCGCAGCGACGUGCUGGGCGGCCGACAAAGCACGCCACGAAUACGAUCCUCGAGCCUGCCUUCUCCGCCUGCGCAUGACGACGCAGCUGCAUGAAAGCCUCGCGGCCCAAAUCACACACGACAUCGUUACUAGGCUGAACGACCGCCUUCGCGCUGAAGGCGCAGGCGACGACAAGAGCCUCUUCUACGCUCAAGGCGCACCACGCGUGGACUUGGAAGUCGAAGGACAACACCCUGCUCAGUGCCCAGACCAAGGCAUCAGUCGGGACGACAAGACUCCUCCGCCCUUCCUGAUCGAAGUUGCCUUUGGCAAUCCCUUUCCCGAUUAUAAAGCCUACAACUACAUCCAAGGGACCGAUGGCCGAGUUCGUGCUGUGUUGGUGUUGAAAGUUCCUUAUCGUCGACCAGAUCAGCGCCGGAGCAAUCCAGAGGACCCAUAUCCUUUGAACAUAUCUCUCUUCAACCUACAACCUGAAGGCGUCACCAAUGACGACCACGACGAGGAACCGACCAUGGCCGUCACAGCCGUCAUUAAAGAUCUCCCCAUCCCUGCAGACAUCUCUACAGACUCUCAACAAACACUCUCUCUACGCCUCUUCGACUUCGAAUCAGAGGAUCCCGGCACAAUCGAGAUCCCAUUCACCAGGAUCCGCGAAAUGCUCGACAGCGCAGCACGAAAGCAGUUGUCUGCCGAUGGUGUCGGGCCUGCCAGAGCCACGAUCAAGAUGAAUAAGAGGAGGUUGUCGGAGAUUAAGGAUACAGCAAGUCCUUCGGAUACUGCUUCCCCUAGUAGCGGGGAUCGGGCGGCAAAGAGGAAGAACUUGGACGUCAGAUCGUCGAGGACAACAUGCAUACGGAAGGAAAGUAGUGGUGGGCAAGUCCGGUCAUGA